AUGUCUGAAUAUUGGCUCGGCCACAGCCCCGUCUCUCAGCCCGGCGACGACGCCCUCGCCGCCAUCGCAGCCUUGCCGUCCGACAUCCCCGCGCUGCACCACGCCGCCAACCAGCUCGUGCUGCACUACCGCGCGCAGGCCGCGUACGUCCUCCCCGAGCGCCAGUCCGAGAUUCACACGCGCUACGCCGCCGUCAUGUUCACGCGGCUCUUCACCCGCGGACCUGGCGCCACGCUCUCCGCGGACCGGGAGCGGCUGGACCAGACCGUCGGCUGCUGCCGCGACUCGGCGCUGCUCCUCGUCUCGCUCGCACGCAGCAAGGGCUACGCGGCGCGCAUCCGCUCCGGGUUCGCGUCGUACUUUGCGCCGGGCUACAUGCUGGACCACGUCGUCGCCGAGAUCUGGGAGCCGGACGCGCAGCGCUGGCGGCUCGUCGACGCCGACGUCCCCAGGGCGGCGGGGGUCGACGUGCUGGAUCUGCGGCCGGGCAUCGACUUCCAGACGGCGCCGCAGGCCUGGCGGCAGGUGCGCGCGGGGGGAGGCGCCGUGGCGACGAGCCGCUACACGGGUUUCGUGGACGCGCCGCCGGAUCUGCGCGGGGAGCCGUUCAUCGCGCACAAUGUCCUUCACGACCUGGCGGCGCUGGACAAGACGGAGCUGCUGCUGUGGGAGGAGUGGGGCGUGCUGCUCGACUACGCCUACACGGAGUCGAUGCCCGAGGCGGAAAAGGACAGGCUGGACGAGGUGUCGGCGGUGACGGAGCACCAGGGCGUCAGGAUUGAGGAUGUGAAGAGGUUCAUGGAGAGGGAAGAGCUGGCGGUCCCGAAGACUGUCAUGCUGUAUGAUCCGUACGCGCCAGAUUCGCCGCCCAAGCCGGUUGAUGUCAGCCGUGCACUCAAGGCGACGGUCUAA